AACCGCGCCAUCCUCAUUUGGAAAUCUGCGUCUUGAGGAGUUCAGCAUUGAAGUUCAACAUUUUUACUGUCGACAUGCCAGGGAUAAAUUUGAACAGUUUUUGCCAAUUUGGUUUCUUUACUUAUCUUCUAAUAUUCUCUUACAUUUCUGUAACAUCUUCGGUAAGUUUUGAUUUAACUGAGCUAAGAAAUAAAGUUGCGAAAAUUAAAGUCAAUCCGAGAGGGAAUCUAUGGGCAACAGGUCAUUUUAUGGGCAAAAAGAGUGUGAUGGAUAACCCAAUGCUGCCGUCACCUAACGGACAAGGCGUUGAUGCACUGGAGGUGGCCAUGAGUCCCGAGCGGAACGGGCUUGGAGACCUUUUUCAGGAGGUUCUUAGAGUGGCGUUGCAAGCCCAGGUAGACACAGAAGAAAGUCGCUCGAAAAAUCAGGAGACCGGAUUGUUGAUGAAGAUUUUAGAGAGCUACAUUCAAAACAGCAGAAAGUGACGCAGGAGCUUCUCGUGUAGCCUACCUGCAUGCAUGGACCUGGCUGAAGUCAUUCGGUCAGACUCACUUAUGGGUUGGCCAAUAUACAAAGACGUUCAUCGAUACCCAAUGCUUAAAUCAUGAUUGUAUAGUUCUAAUAUAAGUUCUAAUAAGUUUACAGUUCAUUAACAUGCCAUCUGCAAUAUAAAUGGUCACAAAAGGAUAUAUAUAUAUGUAUAUUUAUUUUGCUGUGCUGCAUUGUACUGUUGUUUAAAGAAAAUAUUUAUAUUCAAUAAAACUAAUUAUUUGCAGUGUAUGACAAACGUGGUCAUGAAUGUUCCUAAUAACAAUUUAUUUCUCUGUAAUACCAUGUUGUCUCUGGUGUUUUGGUUCUGAGGCUAAGUCAAUUGAUUUGGUUUUCCGUGAUAGCUCCACUACAAGUUUGAGAUCAUUCCAACAUUAAAGAUAUCUAAAUCACAAAAACAUGACUCAUUCCAUAA